AUGGAGAGCUUCAUUACCACAACUAAUAGUGCCAUCCAACAACAAGGUAGCUCCAUCCAACAGUUGCAAGCCCAGAGUAAGCUCAUGGAAACCCAAAUAAGUCAGCUUUCACAACAGGUGAGUCGCCUAUCAACUCUUCAUGAUCAAGCAAAGGUCCAGAAAGAACAAUGCAAUGCAGUUUUCUUGAGAAGAGAUGAACCAUCUCCGAGGCAAAUAGGUGAGAAGGUGUGCAGUGUGGAGUCUAGGAAAGAUGAAAGGGGAAAAGAUGUCCAAGGCCCCAAAUAUGUUGCUCCACCGGCUUAUGAGGAACCAAUGCCUUUCCCGCAAAGGUUGUCAAAAUCCGUACUCGAUAUACAUUUUGUGAAAUACUGCGAAGCUCUUAAGAAGGUACACGCCUCUACUCCCUUUUCUGAUCUUUUAAUUCAAAUGCCUCAAUUUGCAAAUUUUGUGAAGAAUAUUAAAGAUCAACAUGAGGAUAAGGAAGUAGUAAAUAAGAAAGGCCCUACUCUCUUAUAUGAUAACCUAUCACCUAAGUUGCAUGAUCCUGGCUUGAAAGGACUUAAACCUUCCCCUAUUUCUCUUCAAUUGGCUGAUAGGACCUCUAGACUCCCUAAGGGUGUGGUUGAAGAUGUAUUAGUUAAGGUUGGUGAACUUGUUUUUCCUAUUGAUUUUGUUGUUAUGGACAUGAAAGAAGACCAUAAGAUCCUGAUUAUAUUUGGUCGUCCAUUCCUUGCCACAAGUCAAGCUUUAAUAGAUGUUCCUAAAGGACAAGUCACCAUUAGGGCCCAGGAUAAACAAGUCAUGUUCAAUCUCUCUGAUGAACAUAAUUCUAUAUUUGAUGGUGGUACUUGCUUAAGAAUCGAUGCUACUAACCCCUUGGUUGAUAAGUAUGUAUUUGAUAGAAUGUUCGUGAGAAGCAAGGACAAAAUUCCACCCGAUGAUGUGUUUGGCCAUAUGAAGGUGAGUUCGGAUACAAGGCAAGUCAAUUAUAAAAUGAAGGAGUCACUUGGAAGCAGAUAUUUUCAUGGGCAACAUCGCGGAGUUCCUUCUUCGUGUGGUGACCCAGGCUGA